AUGGUGGGUGUAGGAUUAGGUGUAACAGCAGCAAUGGUUUCAGUUCAAUUCUUGGAAGUGGGGUUGAACACUCUAAUAAAAGCAGCAAACACCAAAGGAAUGAGCAAUUUCGUUUUCAUUGUGUAUUCAAACACCUUGGCUCUCUUCUUCCUUGUACCAUCAACCUUCUUCUACCACAGGGAGAGAGCUCCUCCUCCAAUCUCAUGCUCAAUUCUCUGUAGAAUGUUUCUUAUUAGCUGCCUCAGUACUGCAGUGCAGACGUUGAUGUACAGUGGGAUCGAAUAUAGCUCUCCCACGCUGUGUUCGGCUAUGAUUGACCUUGCUCCUGCUUUUACCUUCAUAUUUGCCAUUAUUUCUAGGAUGGAAAAUCUGAAUCUGAAACAGCAUAGCUGUCAGGCCAAAAUUAUUGGCACAGUGAUAUCCAUUGCAGGGGCAUUGAUUGUCACUCUGUACAAAGGCACCACAUUGAACAUCAGGUUCUUGAGAAAUGUAGUAUUUGGUGGAAAUGGAACUUACCUUUCAGUGCAAUCAGAUUGGAUAAUUGGUGGUUCUCUUCUUGCAACUGCUAGUCUCUGCCUUUCACUUCUGUAUAUUGUUCAGUCAUUUAAAUGCUCUUCCAACACUAUGCAGACUUCGGUUAUCAAGGAAUAUCCAGAAGAGUUAGUGGUAACAAGCAUUUGUUGCAGCAUGGUGGUGAUCCUAUCUGCCAUAGUUGCUCUCCUUGCAGAGGGAAAUACAAAAGCUUGGAUAUUCACAUCACGUGACGAGUUGAUAGCCGUAUGUUAUUCAGCAAUAUUUGUGGUAUCAAUGAGGAGUGUUGUAUGCGCAUGGGGAUGUCUAAAGAAGGGAGCAGUUUAUGUAGCUAUGUUUAACCCUUUGGGAAUGGUAAUUGCACUUGGCAUGGGGGUAGUAUUUCUGGGAGACAGUCUUUAUGUUGGAAGUAUGAUUGGAGCUGCUACAAUAGGUGUUGGAUUUUAUUCCGUGAUGUGGGCACUGUCCCAAGAGAAUAAGAACAUGGCAAAUGAGAAUAAUGAAAACAGUGAUUCUUUGACUUCCUCUUCAACUCCUCUGUUGUUCACCCAAAACCUGGAUGUUUAA